AUGACGCCAGCUGGCGGCGGCGGCAUAAACGGACUUUUCGAGUUCCUCAAUGAAAACCUCGGAUUCCGACGAGAAAACGGGGCCCGCGACUAUUUCAUCGGACCGGGCGUCGAAGAAUUUCUUGAACAAGUCGACAAUCAUCAAAAUAAUGUUCCUCCACCAGCUUCGAGAUCUUUAAUCGAAAACUUGCCUAUGACAAAGAUUUCGAAAAAACACGUGCGUGGAGAUUCCACAUGUGCUGUGUGUAAAGAGAGAUUCGAGUUGGGAACCAGAGUGAGAAAACUGCCAUGCGGGCAUUUGUACCACUCGGAUUGUAUCGUGCCUUGGUUGGAACAGAGAAGCUCUUGCCCCGUUUGCAGGCAAGAGCUGCCGACCAAUCAGGGAUCGACAGCUGGCAAACGGGAUCAAAGGAGGAGGCGUUGGUCCUUUUUGCGGCAGUUUUUUUGUUCGUCUGGUUCGAAUAAUGCUAGCCGUGACGAAAGGGUUGUAAUGAGUCCGGUUCCUCAGCAUCGAGAUAACCAGUUCGAUGAACACUCGUAUUGGCCUUUCGAAUAUUAG